UCUUUUGCCUUGAAGUAUGGACCGUUGUGGUUCGGUCCAUUAAGAGAAAUAACAAUUUAGAUUGUGCCUAAUAAUCUAGAGGUAAAAUCUUAACGUUCUCUCAUUUUCUUGUAUAUUCGCAUUGACGUAAUAUGCAUCUAUUCUUACCCUGUUUUAUCUAACAGGAUAUGCAUUUAUUCUUACCCCUUUUUAUAUAACGGGCGGCGAUAGAUGUCUAAUGGUCACUCUCACUUAGUAAUCAGGAUGUUUUAACUUCGAUUCUCAUGGUAAGACUGUUUGUACCGUUUAAUUAUAAUAAAUUAUGAUAUUUAUUUCAUCGUAAUAGAUUCAUGACCUUCCUUAUAACCCGAAAAUAAAGAUUACGAAAAAAAACAGAGUACGAUAGUCCCAUAACAUCAGCUUGCAUACACAUUUAGGGUGGAUUCAUUAUAUAAAAAAAAAAUAUAUGCCCUUCGAUGUCUCCCAUUAAUGCCCAUCAUCAUUUAUAAAAUACGUGCAAGCAUGUCAUCUUUCAUUGCAUUUAUGUAUAUAGAAGCCAUCAAAGAUUUCCCUCCCAUGAUCUCUCAUGUCUUUGUCAAUGGCUUGCAAUAACUACGUCUGCCAUGAACACAAUCACCGUCUUCUUCUUAGUAGGACUUCCUUAUUGAUCGCCGUGUCUUUAGUGUUUAUGUCAAUUGAAUCUGCAGCUUCAGACUACAGCUUCAAAUCGUACAGCCAUGGUAAACCCGACAAACAGAGGAUGCUCUCCACAAUGAUCGGGGCUCAAGGGGUCAUAUACUGCAGAUCAGGCACCAAAUUUAUCCCGCUCAAAGGUGCUCUUGCAAGAAUCUCGUGCCUAGCAGUAGAUACACGGGGCUACGAGACGGCGCCGUUCUCAAUCCUUAGCAAGCCCGCCGAUGCCAAUGGCUACUUUCUCGCCACCCUCUCCCCGUCGGAAGUUGAGGAUGGCUGGAGGCUCUCAGAGUGCAAGGCCUUCCUCCACUCAUCUCCGGUCUCGUCUUGUGCUGUCCCAACUGAUGCAAACCGGGGAAUCUCUGGUGCCCUCCUCUCGUCCUAUACCCUCAUAAACAACGGGAAGAUGAAGCUAUACUCCACCAGACCUUUCGUUUACUCCCCCGGAUCUAGGCCUAUCUCAUCGCCCAGCGGAUAAUAAAGGAACAUUAAAAAAUAUAUCAUAAUCAAUUGGGCCAAUUGAAUUUUUUUUCAUCUUGAUGGAUGUAUUGAUACCACAACAAUUGUUCAUCAUGAUACUUGUCAUGGAUCCAGAUCGAUAUUCUUGAUAUUUAAUGCUUAACUAUGCGGGGACAGUAAAGUUGCGUUUGGUUUCAUAGUAGAAUUUUAAAAUCAGAUUUUGAUUUUGAUUUUGAGUGGAAUAAAUGGGGUCCACCCUUUGACUUUGUAUGAAUUAUG